CUUUUCGGUGUGCACAACGCAGUCACAACUUCAAAGCAAUACUUUGAAUACCGCGCCAAACACAUUACGCGUGGCUCUACUCGGCCUCGUUUGGCCACGAAGGCACACGUUUACACACGCAGACGCUCGAGCACGUUUUCUAGGGAGCUCCGCCAGGCCACUGAUUACUAUUCCUAAAUAGGGCUUCAGCAUUUGUGGACAGCCGCAGAUCGCACGCGGAUACCCGCAAGUGGAGGAGGAGGGCUUCCAUGGCGAGAUAGCGACAGCUGUCCUGCUGACCAACUGAGAUUCUCGGAUCCGCGCGGGACCUUACGGGCUUCGUUUCCUCUGGCGUCUCUCCUGGUGGCCUCAUCGCUGGGCCGUGCGGCAUCUAUCCACCUUUAGGCAGCUGUAUACCUCGACCACUUGGCACUUUGCCCAGGCGUCGCGCUGUGCGCACGAACAGCCAUGAAGUUUGGCAAGGUGCUCAAAGUCUCCUCGGAGAACAUGCCGGGGGAGAUGCACGACCUGUUCCUGCGUUACAAGGAGCUGAAGAAGAAGAUUAAGGCCAUCCCCGUGUCCAAGGACCCGGCGGCGGGCGAGAAGCAGGCGAGCGUGUCCCCAGACGGAAGCGCCACUGCUGGCAGCGGCGGCAGCUCCGGGGCCACCAUCACGGCCACCGUGCUGUCCCCCGAGGAGCAGGCGUUCAUCAAUACCCUCAACGAGGACCUGGCCCGGUUCAACCGCUUCUUCAUCGAGAAGGAGGAGGAGGCGGUGAUUCGCCUGCAGGCUCUGUGUGACGAGCUGUCGCCGGCGGCCAAGGCCGCGGGGGUGCAUAUCCCGGAGGCCCUGACGUGCACGGUGGACACGGAGCACGACGAGCCCCUGACCGGCGGGACCAUGAUCCAGCAGCAGCAGCAGCAGCAGGCGAAGGAGGAAGCGGUUUCAGGCUCGUCACCAGAGUCGGAGGUGGAGGCGCUGCCCAGCUCGUCACACCAGCACGCGCACGGGCACGGGCAUGGGCACGGGGCGGCUGGCGCCUCGCCGGCGGCGGCGCUGCAGGCGGUCAAGUCCCGACUGGUGCAGUUCCAUGGCGAGAUGGUGCUGCUGCUGCACUGGAGCCUGCUCAACUACGCGGCGGUUGUGAAGAUCCUGAAGAAGCACGACAAGCGCACCGGCGUGCUGCUGCGCGCGCCCUACCUCGCCAACGUGCUGCAGCAGCCCUUCUCCUCCACUGCCAUAAUGUCCAAACUCGCCAAGCGCGCUGAAGAGCUGGUGGUCGCGACCACACACGCCAUGCCGCUGCACGCCGCCGCUGCGACCGCGGUCGCUGCGGCGGCCGCGGCUGGGGCGGCGGCGCCGGGUGGCCGCGCCGCCACGGCCGCGGCGGCGGCGCCGAGCGCGGGCCAGGAGACGCACGUGACGUCGGCGCCGGCGGCGGAGCGGGGGGCGGCGGAGGCGGGCGGCGCAGCGCCGGGGCCGUCGACCGCGUCUGCGUCGGAGGCGUCGAGCUUGACGUUUGCGGCUGCGGGGCAGGCGGCGGCGGGGCGCGCCCCGGGGUCGAGCGAGCCCACGCCGGGGCUUGCUGAGCCGCUGGUGGGCAGCACCAUGCACGCGCUGGAGACCUGGGCCAACCUGCGCAAGAACGCCAUCACGCCCUCGACGGUGGUGGCGGCCGAGGACGUGGGCAAGCGCAAGGCGAGCGAGAUGGAGGAGGAAGCGGCGGCAGCUGCUGGUGCGCCGGCGGCUAAGGUCGGCAAGACCAAUCAAUGAUGGGACCGUGCUGGGCGCUUGGCACAUGCACAAGGACACCCGGCGGUCCUGCUAGUGUCCUGAGCAUUUCUGAUGGGGGUGGGCAAAUCAUCACUCCAGCCUGUUUCGCUUGGCAUGACGUUUUCUGGUGGUAGGUGGUGACGAAACUGCGAUAGUGCGAGGCGCGGGCGCAUCGUGUGACGCACCACGGACCAGGGGGCGGUGAGAGGGUGCGGUGCGUCCCUUCCGAGCCGGGCAAGUGUGUGCUCACUGACACGUGCGCAGUCGACCCUGCUCGCAGCUGCGUACCUGGUGCGCUGCGCAUGCGGGACCACCUGUUGGCGGUUUGUUGUUGUAGGUUUCGGUGACAGGUUGUGUUGUGGAAGCGCGUCACGACAUGCUGGGUAGUUCGCUGCAUUCUUUUUCUGCGCGUUGGGCUUAUGGGCCCAAUGCAAGCCGGCGGGCACUGGCAAGCCACUCGGGCACACUCGUGGCUGCCCGGCUUGUUUGCGAGCUACCGGAUGGGUCUAUGGCUGCAAGGGCCCACAGGAUGCCACACGGCUGACUGGGAUUUUCUUGUUUCCGUUCCAGUGGCUGUUCAUUUAUUGGCGUAGCUCUUCGGAAUUGAAUGCUUAGCCGGCACGUGUCUUGGUGGCACGGCGUCGGUGCCGGUUGGUAACAUGACUGGCCACUUGCACAGUCCAUGCAGGUGCGGAGUUGUACUGGCGAUGGUAUGCGCUUGGGGUGCACCUGGGAUGCAGAUGCAACAUGUACGGGACGCUCAGGCCCCCAGCACACCUGCAACACGUCAAUGGUCACACAACGGAUGUGAGCCGAUUGAAAUGCACCUCUCAUUGCAUAUCCCAUUGCUGACCUCAAGGGCGGAGAAGCCGCCGCGGGCUCGAGGAGAGGUGUCGACUGUCGACAUGUGUGGAUGGUAGGAUGAGGGUGGUGGCCGGAGCUCGUGGGCCAAACGGUUCGUCGGUGCGGAUGUGCGAUCGUUGGGGUGGGCGGCACUGACACACAGAGGCCUUUCGUUGAGCCAUAUAUGGGUUGUGGGAGAGUGAAGGUGGAAUCAUACGGUGUCUGCACGUGUGUUAUUUUCGAUGACCGGAAGGAGAGGAAUGCAGUUGCGGCAAGGAGCCGGGCGGGCAGCGAGAGGCUGUGGUAGUACAUGAUUUGAGUUUGAGGGCCGAUGCACAUCCGAGGCAUGUGUGAACGCAGCGGUGUGCUGACAGCCUAUCAGAACACGAGUGCGCGAGGUGCUGAAUGUUUCAUAACUUCUUGGAGCGGAUUGUGAGAAUAAGCCGUUGAGUACGCUCGGCGUGGUUGUCCAAAGCAAGUAGCCGGGUAGUGACUCCGGCUUAUUGGCUGGACAGGAUUACGGUAAGAACUGUUCAGGAGGAGCAAGGAGUAGCGUGUGGAAGUGCACAGGCAUGGACCUUGACGGGCCCCUGACGGGGCAGGGCUGGAAAUAUGAUGUGCAUUACAUCUUGGAACUACUGUCGCGAACAUGGUGCAACUGUGUGAUGCACCACCACAAAUCGCCUCGCAGCUCCGGGAUACAAGGGGGAGCCACAGCUACGGCGGACCCUUGACACGGCUUCGUCUGUGCACCAGCGGCUCAUGCACUCGUUCCAAACGCCAGAUGAUAGUUGAAGGCGUCCGCCGUCCGGCCCGUAGGGGCUUUCAAGACACGCACGUAAAAUGUCUACACACACAGAGGUUACUUUCACGUGCAUGGAUCAUCGUGGAAUGGUGUCCGGCAGCGCAUCAGGUCUGACAGACCGAGCAGCUGUCGCCGUCAUUAUCUGAACCCUCUCCACUUGACACCCCAGCACACGGCGUCACCUCGCACGGGGUCCACUGCUCACAGCACAGCGAAGGCCCACGCCGCCACACACGAAAGCAACAGCAGACCAGCACGUGCCGCGGCGCCGGAGCCCGCCUGGGUGUUGCCACCUAGCUGGUCCACGGCGCUGGGCGGCGGCUGAUUGGUGAGGGUAGCGGGCAGCGGCGGCGGGCUGGCGAUGGGGCUGGGGCUUGAGGUGGCAGCAGGGCUGGGGCUCGGACUGGGGCUGGGGCUGGGGCUGGAGCUGGGGUUGGGAGACGCAGUGUUGCCCACAUUGGGAAUGGGCACAAGGGCGGGGGAUGGCGACGGAGAGGCUGAGGAUGAGGGCGAAGGCGAGCGCGAGGCCGAGGGCGGAGGCGAAGUCUGCUCAAACUCGGCGGGGGGCGGCUCGGUGGACAAGUCCUGGGGCGGCGGCGUGAAGGCGGCGGCGCCCUUGGCUGGGGGCGGCUCCACAGCCUCGUGGGGAGGGGGCUCGAAGCUGAAGUCAGGAGGGGGCGCGUCGUAGGCGGUUGCGUUGGCGGUUGCGAGCAGGCUGGUGCGCGCCGCGAGCGCAGCCGUCGGCAUCGUCAACAUUGACAUGACCGCCACGGCCGCGACUAGCGCGCCAAAAGCAGAGACCUUGCGCAUCUUCGUCGCUCUGCGAGUGCGGAAUCAAAGGGACUUGGGGUAAGCUUGCGCUGCGGCUCGAGCAUGGCUAUGACAAAAAGGAUGGAUGAAUACGCCCCAGGCCGCGCACUUGGUAUACUGGCAUGCCACACGCAACAAUGCCUGAUGGUGACCACUCGCGCCAUACGCACCUGGAAGCGAUCCCGAAUGUGGCUAGGCGACGUAUGGGCCGGUCGCCGACCGUGCAAUCGCUUUGGAGAGGAUGGCUUGGAUGGCUGCGUGCGCCGGGUGACCUGCGCGCUACGGCUUUGACUGUGGAGGUGCCGUUAAUAGUAAGAUGCUAUGCGCACAGGCACUAUAUAGUUGCGGCGGAUGCGCACAGUUGCGCUGGAUGAGCCGGCAGUUUCUCUCAACUGUCGUGUCGCUGCACAAUG